AUGAGCAAAAGUGAAGAGAUUUAUUAUAUAACUCGUAAGCUAUAAAUAGAUAAUAGCAAUCGAGAUGAGUAGUGAAAGUGAGCCUGAAGAACUAGAGGAUCUGGAGGAAUUAGAGGAUAUUGAACAUUAGGAAGAUAAUUUGGAUGAUUUAGAUAAGAUUGUUACAGAUGUUAAAAGUAAGUUUGUAUCUUAAAUAAAAUUAGAGGAGAGUCAUUUUCCAAAGGUUGAAAAACCUAUUUAAGCUGAAAUAACUAAAAAAGUAGUAGAUCGGCCAGAAGUGGUUGAUGAUUUUAUACGUAACUUCUUGAUAAAAAAUUAAAUGAAUAAAAGUUUGGAAGUGUUUUAAGUAUAAAAAUAUAGAGAAUUAAAUAGUAAGAAUGGUAUGAACUUUCUUAGAAAGGUAAGUUGGCAACAGAUGGAAUGGGAUGGGUGCCAGAUGUUUAUAUAUAAAAUGAGAAAUUAAAAGAAGAACUAAAAUAUUUGAAGGGAGAACUUGAUAAGGCAAAGAUAGUAGCAGAGAAUGCUAAAUCAACAUAUGAUAAAUUAAGAAAAGAGCGAGAUUUUCAUAAAAUGCAUCAUCAUAGAGUUUAAUAAGAGAAGAGGAAACUGAAUCAUGAUAUAGAUAAAUUAAAAGGAUUACAUCUUGAAUAUGAAACAAAAUAUGAAGAAUUAUCAUAAAAAUAUUCUCAUGCAAUGAAAGAAAAGAUGUUAUUAAAAUUAGAGAGAGAUAGAUUGAUUGCAAAGAAUGAUGCUCUUCAAAGAAGUUUAUAAAAUGUAAUGAAAUCAAUUUAAUAAUAUUUAGGUGGAAGAGAAGAUAAAUAAGGAAAAAGAACCAGGUAGUCCAACCGAUAAAUUACCAUUAUUAGAUACUAAAGCAAAUACAAAAAAAGGUUAAACAAAAAUAGCAAAUACUCCAUUUCCAUAGGAUGAUCGUCCGAAUCCUUAUGCAGGGACAUAAAUAGAACCUUAAAAUUAUAGGAAUGCUAUAUUAAAUAAAACAUAUAAGGGUCAUAUGAUGGCAAUAUCAUCAAUGGAUAUGCAUCCUAAGAAAUCGAUAGUAGCAACAGCAUCUGAUGAUUUCACUUGGAAAAUAUGGACAUUACCAUAAGGUGAAUUAAUAAUGUCAGGAGAAGGUCAUAAAGAUUGGGUAAGUGGAAUACAUUUUCAUCCAAAAGGAAGUCAUCUUGUUACUUCAUCUGGCGAUUGUACUAUUAAAGUUUGGGAUUUCAUUAAUGCAUCUUGUAAUCAUACUUUUAAAGAUCAUAUAUAACCAGUAUGGGGUGUUAAAUUUAAUGAUACUGGUGAAUUUAUAGUAAGUGCAAGUAUGGAUCAUACAUGCAAAGUAUUUGAUUUAGCUUCAGGUAAAACUAGACAUACAUUUAGAGGACAUGUAUAUAAUAAUUAUAAAUAUAUUUAGGUUGAUUCAGUUAAUCAUGUUAGUUUUUAACCUUUUUCUAAUGUUUUUACAUCGGCUUCCGCAGAUAAAACUAUUUCUCUUUGGGAUAUUAGAAGUGGAUUAUGUGUUUAAACUUUUUAUGGUCAUUUAAAUAGUGUAAAUCAUGCUACCUUCUCUUUAAAAGGUGAUAGUAUUGCUAGUUGUGAUGCUGAUGGAAUUAUUAAAAUGUGGGAUGUCAGAAUGGUUAAAGGUAGAUCAUAAUUUGAUGCUGGACCUUAUUCUGCUAAUUCUAUUGCAUUAGAUAAAAGUGGAACUAUUUUGCUUGUUGGAUCUGAUGAUUAAUAAAUUAGACUAUACAAUGAAACUACUCAAAAGGUUCUCUUAUAUUUUUAUUAUUUUUUAGUAAGAACAUACACUCAAAGGACAUGAAGAUGCUGUCUAAGAUGUUGCUUUUGAUUUUAAUAGCAAAAUGAUUAUAAGCUGUGGUAGUGAUGCUACCUUUAGAAUUUAUUAAUGA